AUGGCUUCAACGCACAAUCAACCAAUUCCGGUAACUUCUCCGUUGACGUUAUCGUUAUCCACCGAAACCCGCCGUCACUGCCGCUCCAAAGCUCAAAUGUGCCUUUUUAAGAUCCUCCGUAUCAUUUCGCUUUUCCCUGCCGCUGAUGUCUCGUAUGAGCAACGUUCAAGUCACGAUGAUCGAAGUUGUGAAAACAGACGGUUUGAUGUUGAUCUGAACAUCGGUUUAUGUGCCCCCGACGAGAUUGAGCCGUUGGAGUAUCCACUGGCAGCGGAAGGCGGUGAAAACUGUAGAGAUUGCGUAGUUGCGUCUGCGAACAAUGAUCUGCAUAACGACAACUUGUUUUUAUCGGAGGAGAGAACGACGGAGCAAUCGGAGAUCUCGCAUGUUGGAGAUCAAAGCUCUGAAAUUGAUUGUAACGGCGCCUCGGAAGUAGAAGGAGAGAAGAAGAUAAGAGACAAAGGAUGUUUAGAUUUGUUGAUUGAGGCUGCGGAAUUGAUUCUCACAAACGAGAAAACAGAGCCGUCGAGAAGCAUAUACGUGAAAUCAUCAACGACGGCGGAGAAAGGAGGAGGUACAAAAAGGAAACAGCAUGGUUGGACUACGGCGGCGGUGGCGGUGGCAGACUGGUAUCCGGAGUUGGAGGAUACAUCACCGGUGGUGAAAUCAAACCGCGGUAGGAAUCAAGUGUUGCCGUUGAAGUACAGAGACUCCAUUGUGGAGCCGUUGGUGCGGUGGCCGUUGUCGCGUCACCGAUCAAACUCAGACGCAGCAUUUCCGGUGAAACGAAGGUCAAAAUAG